UCUUCAAUAGCCAUUAAUCAUUUAGAAAAAUAAAUAAAAAUAGGGAUCACAAAACUCUUUUAAUCAUUGUUUUUCUCUUCUUUUCUUUAUUUUUCUUUUCGAUCACCUGGGUUAAAAGUAUUUCCCAGUUAAUCACCGAAAAGAGAAAUAAUCAAUGCUAAAGACAAUGGAAAUAAAGGUAAUAUUAUGGGUAUUUAUGGUCAUGGUGAGUACAACAUAUAUAAGGAAAACAGAAGGUUAUCUUUGUUAUUGGGAUUGCGUAGAUGCUUGCAAAGUUUCUGGACCUGAAUGUUGGUAUCAUUGCCUUGAUUACUGUAAUCCUCCCUUGUUAUCACGAACUGGUGAUGCCCCUGCGAUGUCUCCCCAAAUAUCUGAAGCCCCUUCUACGAGCAAAGACAUCACAGCACAGCUGGCAGAAGAAUUCGGUGCUACGAUCGCUGAAGAUUUUUUCACAAGCAAAGUAAAUACUAAGGAAGGGAUGGGUCAACCAAUCACGACCGAAGACUUUUUCUUUUUUGGACGACCUUCAAAUAGGAAACUUAUUCCCAAACAAUAAUUGGUUGAAUGCACCCAACCUCAAUAAAAGUAAAUCAAAUAAGAUUUGUUUAUGGAAUUAUCUGGUUACAUGUGUUCGACGCAUUUCCUUUACUAUUGUCUCUGAAAACUAAUUACCGUUUAUCUUCAGCUCUUUUCUCUUUUAAGCAUUAAUAUGUAAAUGUCUAUUCUUAACAUUAUGUAAUUAGUUUCCAACGAUUAUUUGUUUACAAACUUGAGGUAUGUAUUGUGCAAUUGGUAUAUGAAAUAUGGUCAUAUACAAUAUCUAUACAAACAUGAAUUGGAAACUC